AUGGCAGUGAAAAGGAGUAAGAAAUUACGUACAGAACCAGGCAAUUCAGUUUGUGCCGCCGAUAUUUUAAUAAAAACAACUAGUAACAAAAGUGUUCAAAAUAAGAAAUCCAAAAGAUUUGAAAACUAUCAGGAUAAUUUUAAUGAUAUAGAAAGCAGCAGGCAAGAUUGUGAGAUAAAUAUAUUAGAAGAAGUGACUACUGAAAGAGACAUAGAAGAAAAUGAGCUCGUAUUGGAUGACAAAAUAGGAUUUUUUUUAAAAAACACACCUGAACAUAUUGAAACUACCCAGAAGAUAGAACAUGAAGAUCAGUCGGAAAAAGAAAACUUGGAGCCGGACCCGAUCCCGUUUGGGAUCAGUGAUAUUGAGUAUUUCACAGGCAAUAUUGAUAAUUUAAACGAAGGUGACUGGCUCAUAGCUAAAUUUGCUACGAAAAAAAGCGUCAAUCACUUUGUUGGACGGAUUUUAUUUAUUAGAAAUAAUAUCCCUACAAUAGAAUUUCUAAGGAAAGUUAAAAAUACUGCAAAUAGCAAAAGAUUAACCUUUACGUAUCCACAUGUCAAAGAUAUUUAUGAAAUGCUUCACGUAGAUGACGAUGUUCUCGUCUUACCGCAACCAAUAAUUACUAGAAGGGGCCAAGUUAUGUUCGAAGAUGAUUUUUCUAGUUAUAAUAUACAAUAA